AUGCCAAGUGAUGUCUGACAAGAGUUUGUACUUUAGCCACUACUAUUUUGAGGUUGAGAUGUCUGGGGCUGAUGACCAGGCAGGUUCAGAAAGCAGCAGCUGCACCUCGAGGAACGACUUCUCCAGGAGCAUCCUGCUGUAUGGGAAAGGGUUUCCUGCAUGGCACAGUGAGGUGGAGAUGCGCCUCAAAAAGGAUGUGCUUGGUAGGAUAGGGGUCUACCCAAACUACCCCAGCGGGACCUUGUCCUUUUACGGGGUCACCUAUGAUGAUGUGACCUUCAUGCACCAGUUUGAGUAUGAUUUUGGCUUUUAA